CAGUGCGCCGUGGUAUCCAGCUCGGGCCAGAUGCUGGGUUCGCGGCUGGGCAAGGAGAUUGACCAAAUGGAGUGUGUGCUGCGCAUGAACCAGGCCCCCACCAGUGGCUACGAAGAGGACGUGGGGACGAAGAGCAGCAUCAGGGUCGUCUCACACACCAGCAUCCCCUUGCUCCUGAGGAACCAGUCCUACUUCUUCAAGCAGUCCCGGGACACCAUCUACGUCAUCUGGGGGCCCAUGAAGAAGAUGAGCAGGGAAAAGGUGGGGAUGACCUACAGGACGCUCCGGGAGGUGAAGGAGAUGUACCCCAGCCUGCAGAUCUACACGCUGACCGAGAGAAUGAUGGCUUACUGUGACGAGGUCUUCCAGAACGAGACGGGCAGGAACAGAAUGACAUCUGGCUCCUUCCUGAGCACUGGCUGGUUCACCAUGAUCCUGGCAAUGGAGCUGUGCGAACAGAUCUUUGUCUUCGGCAUGGUCAGCGCUGGCUACUGCAGGGAGAAGAACCUGCCCACAGUGCCUUACCACUACUUUGAAAAGGGCAAGAUGGAUGAAUGCAGGAUGUACCUCACCCAUGAGAGAGCCCACCGGGGCGGGCACCGCUUCAUCACCGAGAAGGCCGUCUUCUCCAACUGGGCAAAGAGAAGGAAAAUUGUCUUCACUCACCCCUCGUGGGCGGGCAGGAUCCCUGCCACUUGAUCUGCGGCUCUGAUGUUGGGGCUCGUGCCGUCCUUCCCAGACACUCCGCCGGGAGGAGGCAGAGGAAACCGAGGGCGUCAUUCAGAGCAUUUGAGGCCUCAUCCCGCCCAUUGCUGCAAGCUGAUCCUGAUGUCUCUGCAAGCCCACCCCCCUCAGCUCCCAGCUCUGGGCCUAGGACUGUAUGUAAAGUUUUGUGUCUUUGAACCACGAUGAAUAUUUAAUCCAGUAUUAAACAUUUCCAUAUGUAUAGGAGGUUGCAAAUCAUAGAAAAGUGGAGUCACUCUGAGGUUUGAGUCAGUGCCUCUUAGGGUGAAAUUCAUCAUCUCCCUUCACAUAAACCCUUAAGAGGAAGCUUAGGUGAGUGAUCCAGGGGAAGAUGUAUGAUCUUGUAGUCAAGAUACUGGACUGGCACUAGGGGACGUGGACUCACACCCAAGCUCUGCCACAGAUUUCCUGUGUGACCUUGGACAAAUUACCUAGGAGCUGAACUAAAGCCUCUUGACCUCAAUGGAAAGACUCCCAUUUACGGCAGUGGGCUGUAGCUCAGGCCCUUAAUCUCUGUGUCUCUGUUCCCAGUCUACUGCCUGUCCAUUGUAGCCAUUCCUCUCGCCCUUUGCUUGUCUUGUCCUUUCCACUGUGCGCUGUCUGGGGGGAAGUUGGCUCAUAUGAGCACAGUGGGGCCCUGAUCUCAGCUGGCAUCUGUCGGCAUUUUGGGCAUCCCAAGAGUGCCUCUUCCUGUUGGUUGUAAAGCAAGGCACAGGUGUCGGGCGGGUGAAUUGUUCCCAUACAGAGCAAAGUGGCAGGAGACCUGGGGGCUUUGGGGGCCCUGGUCUUCAGUCAGUUUAAAGAGCGAGUGGAGCAGAAUUUUGAAAAGUGUCUCUUGCUGGGACUUGGCCAAACAGAAGCGAGAUGUCUGUGCUCCCGUGGGCAUGCUGGGGUGCAGUGUGGGGAAAAGAGACCCCUCUGUUGCAGACUGGCCUACCAUUGGCUCAGAGCAACAGUCCAUCUAGCCCAGCAUCCUGUCUUCCUGCAGAGGUCAAUGCCAGGGCAGCUUCAGCGGGAAUGAACAGAGGGUAAGCCUCAAGUGCUUCAGUGUUUGUGCUGAACUGUUGCCACCAGCUCCUGGGCUAGCAGUCCAUAGCGUCUGUCCAGAUAUCUUGUCUCAUUCGCUGUCCCAAUGUGGGGACUUUUGACCUAGUGUCCUACCUGGAGCUCCCGACUGCACUCCACUGCCAUGUACCACACCUCUCAAAGUAGUGUGCAGCUCCCAUUAGCCUGCAUUCCAGGCGCCACGAUGUGGUCUACACGCUGCCCUGACCUUCCAAGGAUUCAGGGGGUAGCCGAGUUAGUCUGUCACUGGAAAAAACCUAAAAAACAACAAAUUGUCUAGCAGCACCUUAAAGAGUAACAAAACUUGUAGAUGGUAUUGUGAGCUUUCGUGGGCACAGCUCACUUCUUCUCAGUAAAGGUGGGAGCUUUUAGCCAGAAAAAUGGGGCCAGUUCUGGUUCAACACCUUGAAUGAUACACCUUACCUUUCAAUAGCACUUUUAACCCUGAAGAUCCCAAGGUGCUUUUGCAAAAUCUGAACAGCUACAGGAGUCCCCUCAUCUCCCCCUGAAAGUGCAGCUACUUCUGGAGUGGUACAUGUUAGCUGUUCAACAGCACACCCUCUAGGACAGGAAGCAUAGGAAGAAGUAUCUAAUUUAAACUGUAGGGAGAGUCUUAUUUUACAUUGUCUUGAAAUAUUGUGUGCACACAUGUAAUUAUAAUUGCAUCUAUUUAAAAUCCUUGUGUGGUGGGGGGGAGGGGAGGGUUAAAUGAUGCCAGCUGACAGCUGGGAAGGAAGUUUUGGAAAUGGCUUGCAGUGCUCUUGGGCCACACAGCUGGAAAGCCCAUCUUUGUGCUGUGGCCCUUUGAAACUGAAUUGUAGAUGUUUGAAAGACUCUGUGUUAAAGGUUUCUUGAACUGGAACAGAGUGUGGUCACUUUGGAAUUCAGGCUGGAAGACUCAACUUCUGUCAGCAGCUCCACCAUGUCAGGCAGAACUAUUCCCUUCCAGUGUUCUGGCUUGCAGCCUUGGGUUCCUGUGCUGCCUUUGUUACCAAGUGCCCUUGGAAUGAUACCAAAGCAAACCUACUUAAUAAAACUAUUUUUAAUUCUGGGA